AUGGCUGACCAGAAGAAGAAGCAAUUCACCAAGGUCAACCAGCUGCGCCCGUUAGACUCUGGGCUUAACUUAACUGUAAAGGUUGUCAAUGCAAAGAUGAUAGCACCGAGAGGUCGUGCUCAAGGGCGCCUUGCUGAAUGCUUGGUGGGAGAUGAUACGGGAAUUAUUAUCUUUACUGCCAGAAAUGAUCAAGUGGACUUGGUGAAAGAUGGCAACACCCUUGUCUUGUCAAAUGCGAAAAUCGACAUGUUUAAGGGAUCAAUGAAGCUUGCAGUUGACAGAUUCGGCCGUGUUGAAGUUAGUGAGCCUGCCAGUUUCACAGUGAAAGACGAUGCCAAUAUGUCGUUGAUUGAAUUUGAGCGUAUUGAUGUAGUGGUUUGA